UGAAAAAGAGCGAAAACUCAUUUACAAAUGAAUAACCUUCUUAUCGCAUUAAAAUCAAAACUUUAUUUUUUUUUUGAACAGAAAUGAAUCGAUUUACCUCUGAUCAAAUUCGCGAAUACAAUGAUGUGUUUCGUGUUAUGGACAAACAAAACAGAGGUUAUCUAUCCAGUCAUCAGCUGCGCCACACGUUGAAAAUUAUUGGUUACAAUAUAACCGAUAGAUUGUUCGAGGUACAAACAAUUUUAAUUGACGAAGAUGGGAACGGACAAAUCGAAUUCGAUGAAUUUGUUGGUCUCAUUGACAACUUGGAAACAGAGAAAAAAAACACGGAGGAAGCAAGGGCAGCAUUCAACGCAUUUGAUUUUCUUGGCGAGGGAUACAUUGCUGCCAAUGAUAUAAAAGAAGCCCUGACUCAAGUUAUGGAUGAAAGCGAUGAGAAAGAAAUUCAUGCCAUUAUCAAGCAUUUUAGAUUGGAAAAGAAUCGUAAAAUCAGUUUUCCAGAGUUUAGGGAUAUGAUGGUCAUGCCAAGAAAAGAUGAAUGAAAGAAACAUUGUUAAAAAUCUUUGUGUAUAACUUGUCCAAAAAAGUUGAGUUUUAUCUUCAUAUCC